AUUUAUUUCUGCAUCGGAAGAAUUAAAUUAAAAUGAAAUAUCUUGGGUUAUUGGUCGUUAUAUACACUUUGACGAUUCAAGAAUCUGAUCAAAUCUUGUGGAAUACUGGAAACUUUGAAUUUUCUUCGUAUUCUCCAAAAGCAAGCACAGAGGUAGAAAUCCCUUAUAUGAGUUGCCAGACGGUGGCCCCUUUGUACGUAAGCGCAACAGCCAAACCCACAGACCCUUCACUGCCUUAUAAAUUCAACCUAACGAUACUGAAAGUUAGUCUGACUAGUUUUGUGGUCAAAUUAAAGAGAACUGACGAUUCGACUGGUUGGUAUGUGUCGUUGAACGUGGCAUGGCUUGCAUUCACAAGACAACCAUUUAUCUUUCGCAACACGGUGAUCUGGCUUCGCGAUUUUUCUUACGCGGUUGCCAUGCAGCGUCAGGUGGCAGAGCAACAGUGCAACGAAGUUGGCGGUAAACUUGUAGAAAUCUCUGAUAAACAAAUGUACGACGCAGUCUAUAAUCAUGUCGAGAAGAACUUUAUAUUUGAUAAUCGAACCGCAAUUUGGUUUUGGUUGGGUUCCAGUUAUGACUACCAGAACAGCAUGGUUGUACAAAGCAAUGGAGAAGCAGGUUAUAAUGGGACUUGGGUCGUCGGUUUUCCCAACAAGAAACAUAGUUGGCGUGGCCUACUCGUGCUGAUUGUGUCACCUGGAGGAAAUAAAACCUUAAGCGGGAUGCAAAAUCGGUCAUCGAAAUUUUAUUCAUGCGGAAACACCAAAUGCACUUCACUUUGUGCAAUGAGACUUCCAUAAACCACGGGGCGCGGUUUUAGAUGUUUCUUUGAAUAUCGACAAGUAACUGAAAAU